CACACUGUCACACAAGUGUUGGGAAAGUCGGCGGCGUCGCAUAUUUUUGAUUGACAACUUGGCUUUGAUAUUUUGAAAUAUUAUCGGUGCAAAAUGGCCUCCCAGGUGACCCAGGUGCAGCAGUUCUUCAACGGCUACAAACAGAACGUCGGCCGGGCACUGCGCGAUGCUUCCAAGCCCUGGACCAAGGCCUUCGAUACGGUGGAGGAGAAGACCGGUGUGGAUAGGGUCAACAUUUUCAUCGGUGCUGCUGGUUUCGUCGCCCUCUAUCUCAUCUUCGGCUAUGGCGCCCAACUGCUGUGCAACAUCAUUGGAGUGCUGUACCCCGCCUACAUCUCCAUCCAUGCCAUCGAGUCCAGCUCGAAGCAGGACGACACCAAGUGGCUGAUUUACUGGGUCACCUUCGGCAUCUUCACGGUCAUUGAGUUCUUCUCUGGCCUGCUGACUUCGGUGAUUCCCUUCUACUGGCUGCUGAAAUGUGCUUUCCUCAUCUGGUGCAUGCUGCCUACGGAACAGAACGGUUCCACCAUUAUCUACGCCAAGCUGGUGCGACCCUACUUCCUGAAACAUCACGAAUCUGUCGACAGGAUCAUCGACGAUGGCAUGAAGAAGGCCGCUGGAGUGCUGAAGCACGACUAGGAUGUGCCGAUAUGCCGUAGCUUCGCCCGCUGCUCGCUUACCCAUGCAUUUGGUUUAGGGCCCGGUCACUAACCUCACCUCGUAUUGGUUACGUUUUGCAAUAAAUUUUAAAUCUGUA